AGCUAAGAAACUGAUCCAAACUAAGAAUGUGAGCGCCAUCAUAGGCCUGGAUAGAUGGGAAGAGGCUGGUUUUGUUGCCAAAAUUGGUAAUACAUCACAAGUUCCAAUAAUUUCUUUGGCCUCUGACAUCCCUCUUUCUGCUCUUAAGCAAUGGCCAUUUCUGCUGAAUAUGGCUCGCUCUUCACGUGCUCAGAUGAAAGCGGUGGCAGCAAUAGUUCAGAGCUGGCAAUGGCGCAAGGUAACCAUUAUUUAUGAAGACACUAUCUCAAGUGUUAAUGACAUCUUCCCCUACCUUAUUGAAGCUCUUAGCGAAGCAGACGUAGCUAUUGAUUACUAUUUGCCUCUUCAACCCUUAUCCCCAUCUUCUAUACAAGAAAAGUUGAGGGUCCUCCAGAGCAGGCAAAGUAGGGUAUUUAUAGUCCACACUUCAAGUAAUAUGGCCGUUAAUAUAUUCUUGGAAGCCAAGAGGAUGAAAAUGAUGAAAAAAGAGUCUGUAUGGAUCACCACCGAUGGCAUUACAAGCUUUAUUGAUUCUCUCAACUCGUCUACAAUACUUGCCAUGCAAGGUGUCCUGGGAGUAAAGGGGUUUUCUCCCUUUCGUAGUCAAGUGAGAUACAAGGAGUUCUCCAGGCGUUUUAAGGCCAAAUUACGAUCCAAAUACCCAACCAAGAAAAAUAUGGAUCCCGGAAGUUAUGCCCUGAAUGCCUAUGAUGCUGUAUACACUGCAGUGUUAGCAAUCGAGGGGAAGCCAAAUCCACAAUCUCUUGCCAAUAUAUUAAACAAUAAUACUGCAGUACAGAGUGGGCAGGAAUUACUGGCAAGAAUAUUGGACAGAAAAUUUAUGGGGUUAUAUGGAGAGGUGAAUUUUAAAGGUGGGGCUUUGGCACCAUCAAGUACUUUUCAGAUUGUUAAUGUCAUUGGUAGGAGUUAUCUACAGCUUGGAUAUUGGUCUGAAGGAUCCGGCUUCUCUGUCAAGAUUGACAAAGGAAGUAGUUACAGCAAGUCUAUGAAGAUAUUGGGGCAAGUGAACUGGCCAGGACGUGCUUCCACAGUCCCUAGAGGCUGGUGGCCUGUUGCAAGAACCGCCAACAGGCUUAAAAUAGGAGUCCCCGGUAACAGCACGUUCAAAGGAUUCGUAAAUGUGACAUAUGAACAGCCUGGGGGAAAGGCCACAGUAAAAGGAUUGUCAAUUGACGUGUUUAUAGCUGUUGUUGGUGAUUUACCAUAUAGCCUAGAUUAUGACUUUGUUCCCUAUUAUGGAUCUUAUGAUUCACUUGUGAAAGAGGUUUAUCUUAAGACUUUUGACGCGGUGGUUGGGGACACAUCUAUAAUGGCUAGCCGCUGUGAGUAUGCAGAGUUUUCACAGCCUUACUCCGACUCAGGUCUGCAGGUGCUGGUAUAUACCAAGGGAAAAACAUCUGCUACUCGAGCAUGGCUAUUCAAGAAGCCAUUUACAACAUGGACCUGGAUUUUUACCGCAGUUAUCAACUUAUAUAGUGGUUUCGUCGUGUGGUUCAUUGAGCGCCAGACAAACAGAGACUUGAGAGGAAGUUGGUUCAAACAAUGUGGAACAAUUAUUUGGAUAGCGUUCACCACCCUCUUCACGUCUUUACAAGGUGACCAAUUGCAUAGCAACUUGCCCCGGAUGGCAGCAGUGAUCUGGUUGUUUGUUGCUUUAGUAAUAACCUCCAGCUACACGGCUAGUCUGACCUCGCUUCUCACAAUUCAGAACCUAAAUCCAAUGGUGACUAAUGUCGAAACAUUAAGAAGAACCGGUGCAAAAGUUGGGUGUGAUGGGAAUUCAUUUGUGGUCAAGUACCUAGUAGAUGUCCUGAAGUUUGAACCACAUAACAUCGAGAAAAUAUACUCAGAGGAUGACUAUCCUAAGGCCCUUAAGAGUGGGAAGAUUGCUGCUGCUUUCCUCGAAGUCCCGUAUAUCAAAGUCCUCCUUGCUACAAAUUGUGAUGGAUUCAUGACCGGGGAGACGUUCAAAGUAGGAGGAUUUGGUUUCGUGUUUCCAAAGGCCGCUCCAUUGCUUUCGGACAUCUCUGAAGCGGUUCUUAAGGCAUCAGAGAAUGGAACAAUACGGAACAUAGAGAAUUCUCUGUUGUCUUCAUACAAAUGUUCAGAGCCUGAUGGUGAUGCUGAAUACAGUCUUGGAUUGGAUAGUUUCUGGGGUCUUUUUGCAAUAACUGCAGCAGCAUCGACUCUAGCUCUUUUGCUCUUUUUGUUUCCUCGUGCUCUUCCAAAAUGGCCUAAUUUGAAAGGAGUGGUUAUAGAAACAGAGCCAGAGCAGGGGAUGCACAGCCUACUAAGAGCUUCGGCUUCAUCACAACAUGAUCCAGUGGAUGAUGAAAGAGUUCUCUUUAAUGCAGAAUUGAACCGCCAAUAACAUUUCAACCAACAGCUUUCCAGCCUCUUCAGUUUCUUAGUAUGAUCG